AUGUCGAAGACGAAGGUUUCCACCAAGGCUGAGAAGCCCAACAAGACCUUGAGCAAGGUCAAGGACGCUGGUGUCGCUAAGGCGUCCAAGUCCUCGUCGACCAAGAGCAAGGCUGUUGCUAGCAAGGUCGCUGCCAAGGACGAGAAGAAGAACAAGAAGAAGAAGGAGCCCACUCCUAGCAGCUCCGAGUCCGAGUCCGACAGCGAUGAGGACAUGAAGGAUGCCUCUAGCAGCAGCGAGAGUGAGAGCGAGGACGAGAAGCCCGCCAAGAAGGAGGUGAAGAAGCCUGCUGCCAAGGCUGCUGAGUCUUCCUCUGAAUCCGAGUCGGAGUCGUCUGAGUCCGAGUCGGAGGACGAGAAGCCUGCUGCCAAGGAGGUGAAGAAGGCCGCUGAGUCUUCCUCCGAGUCGGAAUCUGAGUCGGAGUCUGAGGAGGAAGCUCCCAAGAAGGCCGCUGCCAAGGCCGACUCCAGCGACAGCUCUGAGUCCGAGUCGGAGUCUGAGGAUGAGAAGCCUGCCAAGAAGGACGCCAAGGAGUCUGAGUCUGACAGCGAGGAUACUGCCAAGGCCUCCAAGAAGCGCAAGGCUGAUGACGAGCCUGAAGUGGCUGCGAAGAAGACCAAGACUGCUCCCGCUCCCGAGGGCGCCUCGCCCAAUCUGUUCGUUGGCAACCUGUCGUGGAACGUCGACGAGGAGUGGCUUCAGCGCGAGUUCUCCGAGUUCGGAGAGCUGUCUGGCGUUCGCAUCGUCACUGACCGUGACAGCGGCCGCUCUCGCGGAUUCGGUUACGUUGAGUUCACCGAUGCUGCCGAUGCCGCCAAGGCCAUGGAGGCCAAGAAGGGUACCGACCUUGAUGGCCGUACCAUCAACCUCGACUACGCCACUGGCCGCCAGAACAACCAGCAGCAGGGCGGUGACCGCGCCCAGGCUCGUGCUCGCUCUUACGGCGACCAGACCAGCCCUGCCAGCGACACUCUGUUCGUCGGCAACCUGCCGUUCAGCGCUACCGAGGACGCUCUCCGCGACGUGUUCGGCGAGCAGGGCAGCAUCCUGGGCAUCCGCCUGCCGACUGACCAGGAGACCGGCCGCCCCAAGGGCUUCGGCUACGUCCAGUUCUCGUCCGUCGAGGAGGCUCAGGCCGCCCACUCGGCUAUGGCUGGCCAGGAGCUCGAGGGCCGUGCUAUGCGCCUGGACUUCAGCACCCCCCGUCCCAGCAACGGUGGCGACCGCGGUGGUCGUGGUGGCUUCGGCGGCCGUGGCGGUGGCCGUGGAGGCCGUGGAGGCUUCGGUGACCGUGGUGGCCGUGGCGGUCGUGGAGGCCGUGGUGGCUUCGGCGACCGUGGUGGCCGUGGUGGCUUCAACAAGGGCAAGGGCAGCAUCCCUGAGUACAAGGGCACCAAGGUUACCUUCUAA